AUGAGCCAGACAAAAGAGGAUAAAAGUGAUUCGGAAAAUGAGUCAAGCAGUGAUAGCAAAAGUGGCUCCUCCUCUGAUUCCGAGAGUGAGUCCGGGUCUGGCUCAUCGAACUCCAGCUCUAGCGACAACGAAGGACAUGGCCGCAGCCGAAGCACUUCCCAUCGAGCCAGCGGCACGACCAAUAACACCUCUACCAGCAGUGAAAUUCGGGAUGGAGCCAUCGAAAAUGGGCUUACCGAGCACCAGGCAUUAUCCAGCAAUAAUCACACCGCAGUCCAAGAGGCUGACGAGAAAGGGUCAGACAUAGAUUCAAAUGAAAGAUCUCGAAGUUCCCACUUUGGCUCGGAUUCGGAUGAAAGUGAUCCGACGGGCGAUAGGUCGGCGAAACAGCAUCAAAGUGAUUCUGAUAACAGUGCUAGUAAACCGAGCAACACAAGCCGACAAAGUGGGGACGAUGACGAAGGUGAGGACGAGGAAGAGCAAGAAGAGAACAGUGCUGGAAAUGAAACUGUCUCACAACAAAGGUCUUCUAACAAUGUCGCAAUGUCGGAAUCACCGGAAGAUUAUGAGGACGACGACGAGGACCAUCAAUCCUCUAAAAGCAGCUACGAUGACGAAGAUUAUGCUGCGAACCAGUUGCGUCGGAAAAGUGCGCGUAAAAAAGCAGUAGCUGCCGCACGAAAACGACCCGCCGCACAGCCGGCUACGAAGGCGAAGAAAAAGAAAAGGUACGGAUUGAACUCGCUUCCCUUUCGCCAGCCACAAUUGGGGCUGUCUCUGGUAGUUAGAAAAGAAAGUGAGACUGUGGCGACAGACGAUGCGUAA